UAAUACACGAAGCCAUUGCUAAUGUUGACCGACUGAGUGAACCAUGAAGUUAUUCCCGAUUUGGGCCUUGGCAGCUCUUUGCCUGUGCCUCGGCCAAGUGGCCUCCAGCGAAAAGCUGAUUAACUGCUACUGGGGCACCUGGGCCAACUACCGUCCUGGCGAUGGCAAGUUCACCCCCUCGGACAUCGAUCCCUUCCUGUGCACCCACAUCAGCUACACCUUCUUCGGCAUCAGCGAUGCGGGCGAGUUUAAGUCCCUGGACACCUGGCUGGACAUGGACGAUGGACUGGGCUACAUAAGCCAAACCAUUGCCCUGAAGCAGCGUAACCCGAAUCUGAAGAUCCUGGCUGUGGUUGGUGGCUGGAACGAGGGCUCCACCAAGUACUCCGCCAUGGCCGCCGAUCCUGCCAAGCGUGCCACCUUUGUGUCCAGCUCCCUGGCCUUCAUUCAGCAGUACGGCUUCGAUGGCUUGGAUCUGGAUUGGGAGUAUCCUGGUCAGCGAGGAGGCGCCGAGUCGGAUCGCGAGAACUUUGUGACCCUGCUGCGCGAGAUUAAGGAAACCUAUGACCAGUACGGAUUGGAACUGGGUAUUGCUGUGGGCGCCUCCGAGAAGUCGGCGGCCAUCUCCUACGACAUUCCCGCCAUUUCCCAGCACCUGACCUUCAUCAAUGUGAUGACCUACGACUUCCACAUGGCUCUGGAUGGUUAUUUGGGUCUCAAUGCUCCUCUGCCCGAGGUCACCGAAUCCAUUGACUACUGGCUGUCGCAAGGUGCCCCUGCUGAGAAGCUGAUCUUGGGCAUUGGCUUCUAUGGCCACAGCUACCAGAUGUCCGAUAGCUCUCAGAACUGGCCAGGUGCAGCUUGCAUUGGUCCCGGAACUGCUGGCGCCUACACCCGGGAGAAUGGUUUCCUGGGCUACCACGAGAUCUGUCAGAACAACUGGAACACGGUUUUCGACCAGGACAACGGGGCUCCGUAUGCCUUCCAGGGCGAUCAGUGGAUCGGAUACGACAACGCCGAGAGCAUCCAACUGAAGAUGCAACUGGUGGAGUCCCGCAAUCUGGGUGGCGCCAUGAUGUGGUCCAUCGAGACGGAUGACUUCCGAGGGCUCUGCGGCGAGAGCUACCCCCUGCUGAAGACCAUGAACCGCGCUCUGGGCAAGGAGGUGAGCGGAGGAGGCGGCAGCGGAGGAAGUGUUACCCCCUCCCCAACUGCUGCUCCCACUGCGGCCACCACUCCGACACCAUCUCCCGGCGGAGGAAGUGGUGGCUCUGGCGGAGACUGCUCCUCUUCGGCAAAUGGUCACUACAUGACAGUGGGAGAUUGCAACAAGUACUACCAGUGUGCGGAUGGAAUCCGGUACGACUUCCAGUGUGGAUCCGGACUGUACUUCAACCCCACCUCCAACAACUGCGACUGGGAGGCGAAUGUCGAUUGCCCCUACUAGAUAAACAGCCAACGAAAAAAUAUACCAAAAAUGCAAUAAUCAAAUAACAUAAAUUUCUUUGAGAGGCCCCCCCUCAGGAACUGUAUACUAACUAAAUCCAUAUUUAUGACUAGCCAAAGGCUGAUUAGAUUUAGAUUCUCAUAAUAAUAUUUACAAACAAACACUUAGUCAUCGUCAGACAUAAUAGAAGGGAAUUAUAAAGCUCGUGGGGCAACUGCACAUGGCUCUAUUUCAAUAUUGUAAUAAUGAUAAUGACAAUAAAUACC